AUGACCACAACACAUUCUGAAGCCCCUAAAGAGGAUGCCAUCACCCAUAUCGAGUACUCUUCAUCUCCAUCUGCACACAAAGUUGAGAAGGCGGACGCGGCGGCCAAGUUCUUGGCCAACGCCCAUGUCGAUGAUGCGUCGUUCUCAUAUGAAGAAGAGCGCGCUGUCCUCAAGCGCGUAGACUAUCGCGUUCUUCCUCUUUUGCUAGGAGCUUACUUCUUCCAGCAGCUUGACAAAUCCUCUUUGUCCUACGUCUCCAUCUUCGGUCUUCAAGCAGAUGCCAGACUAGUAGGACGUCAAUACUCAUGGCUUGGCUCUAUUCUAUACCUUGCCCAACUGGUCAUGCAGCCGCUCGCAGCCUUCCUUCUGGUCAAAUUGCCCACGGGAAAAGUUAUCGGAACAGCCAUCUUCCUCUGGGGUAGUAGUCUAGCUAUCAUGGCCGCCUGUACAGACUUCAAAAGCCUCCUUGGUCUGCGAUUCGUAUUGGGGUCCUUCGAGGCCAUGAUCGCACCGGCAUGUGUGGCAACUACAACGAUGUGGUGGCGCCGGUCCGAGCAGACCCUUCGGACUGGAUACUGGAACGCUAUGAAUGGUGUCACAUUCAUUGUUGGGUCACUAUUCACCUACGGCUUAGGACACAUUAACAGCGAAUCGCUGUACAAGUACCAGAUCAUCUUCAUGUUCUGCGGUCUUCUGACUGUCUUAUAUGCAUUCGUCGUCCUCGUCCUAAUGCCGGAUAGCCCGAUGAAAGCCAAAUACCUGACCGAGCGAGAAAGGUUCAUCGCAGUCGAGCGUCUGCGGGCUAAUCAGAUGGGCAUCCAGUCAGGAGAAUGGAAGUGGGAUCAGGUCUGGGAGACGUUUAUUGACCUUAAGACCUGGUGCUGGUUCAUUGCCAUCAUCGCAAUAUCCAUAGCGAGUGGCGGAAUCUCUACUUUCGGCAACCUUAUCAUCCGCGACUUCGGCUACAGCAACUUCCAAUCUAUCCUUUUCAACAUACCCUUUGGUGUCAUUCAGAUCGUCUGCAUUCUGGGUUCUUCCUGGGGUGCAACGCGCUGGAGUCGCAAAGGUCUUGCCAUCGCCCUCGUCGCCAUCCUUCCUAUCAUUGGCACAAUCAUGAUGUUGACCGUGCCGCGCCAGCAUAAAGGCGUUCUGCUCUUUGGCUACUACCUUGUAUCAUGCCUCGCCGCUAUUACACCUUUAAUAUACACUUGGCAUGUUCAAAACACUGCCGGUGACACAAAGAAGAAGUGUACGUCGGCUAUGGUGUUCAUUGGGAUGUGCACCGGCAACGUCAUUGGCCCGCUGCUAUACUCGGUGGACGACGCGCCUCUUUACCGGCCAGGCCUUAUCUCCAACUUGGUCAUGUUCACGCUCGUAGCUAUCAUCGCGCUCUUAAUACCCAUAUACCUAGCACUGUUGAAUAAGAGGCACGCAAAGCGCAGAGAAGAAGUGGGUAAGAGCGCAGUCAGAAUUGACGAAAGUAUGUUGAAGAAGAAAGAAAUGACACAAAAGGGCGUGGAGAUCGAGGCACAAGAUCAGAGACAGGAGCAAGACAACGGCUUUUCUGACCUAACGGAUAUGAAAAACGAAGACUUCAUUUACGUGUAUUAGGACCGGGCAAGGAGGAGAGCGCAAACCACAUGGCUGCUACACGUGGGUGGCCAGCACCUAAAGGGUAGCUGACAAUAAGGUUGAAACUACAUAUUUACGUAGCGCACCGUCUUUCCCCGCGCAGCUUAGCGGCCGUCCGAGUGAAAGUAGCCAAUUCCGAUGCCCUACUAUUCCGAUGCCCUACUAUUCCGGUGCUAAGGUUGUGAUGAGACCAUGCGUGCCAACAACCACGGGGUUUGCCGUGACAGUGCCGAGCGGCGCGUUGGGGGAUAUCGGCGCCCACAGACCAGCAUUACCUAAGCCAUUCCGGUCCUGGAACCCACUACGGGGUCUGCCUUGGCCCUUUGCAGGACGCCGCGCAUCAGGCCGCCGAUGUUGCACCAACUGCCUGGUCCCAUCUCUUCGUGCUUCCCGCUCGUCUCGCGACGAUCCGAUCGCCAUCACUUAGAGUUGAACU